AUGGAGCAAUCGCGACGCCGUCGCCGUUGUCAUCGGCGUCGUCGUCGUCCUCGUCGUCGUCGUCGUCGUCGUCGUCGUCGUCAUUGUCAUUGUCAUUAUCAUCGUCAUCCUCGUCGUCGUCGUCGUCGUCGUCGUCCUCUUCCUUCUACUCCUCAUCGUCACCCUCCUCCUUUUUCUCCUCCACCACUUUCUCCUUAUUCUUCUCCUUCUCUUCUUUCUUCUCCUCCUCUACCUCUUCCACCUCCUUCUCCUCCUCUACCACCACUACCACCAUCUCACUAUUAUCGUCGUCUUCCGGCUGAUCGCAAGAGCGCCUAUACGAGGAAUAAUAAAAUGGACGUGGAGCUGGUCACGCGAGCAUCCUUGACCUCCCUUCAAAAUGUAGACGAUGGCCGUGUCGUCUCGCCCAACAGCCUCGACGAAUGGACUUGGUCCAGUUUAAGAAAACAAUUCAAAUACAAAAAUUUGGAAAAACUCUAUACCAGCUAUCAAAGGAGACUUCAAUAUGGUUACCUCUCGCUCUUCGUACUGGUCGAAAUAAUUUUGGGAUUUGUCUAUUGUUUCGUAUUAAUCAUGAUGGUAAACAUCGAAGAAUGCUUUCCAGACGUGAUAGUCCACAGUAUAAUAGGCGCCUUACUUUGUCCCACGAUAGCGCUCUCAUUCAGAUCAAAAAUCAUCGCGAAGAAUACGUAUUUGCCAGUUUUGCUCUCGUGUUUGGUAGUCACGCUCUUGGUGAUCGGUGAUCUUAUGAUACCACUCUAUUAUACUCUUGCAUACACCGAAGAUAUAGCACCGAUACGACCUACAUACGCAACGCACACGCUACUAGCAUGUUACGUCUUCCUACCACUAACGGAAAAUCUGCACGCUUUCGUGCUCGGCAUUACAGCGACGAUGUGCUACUUGGCUACUCUGUUCCUCAUCACUUAUAGGAAUACACCUGAUUACAUUAGCAAAAUAACCACCGACGCCAUAUAUUACGUUUGCGUUAAUGGCCUGGGUCUUUACUUUAGAUUCAUGAAUGAGGUCGUCAUACGACGAUCUUUCCUCGAUCGUCGAAAAUGCGUCGAGACAACGUUGAAGCUAAAUUAUGAAAAGGAUCAAGAGGAACAACUUACACGGAGUAUUCUUCCCCAGCACAUAGCCGCAAGAAUAAAGAAGGACUUUCGGGAUAUUUUUAAAUUUAUGGAAGAGCACAAAAAGGCACCACCGAAAGGAACAACACGAAAUGAUCUCUGCGUCGAAACGCACAAUAACGUUUCCAUUUUGUACGCCGACGUGGUCAAUUUUUCUGGCUUAACUCUCUCGUUACCCGUACGAAAACUAGUCGAAACUCUAAACGACUUGUUUGGUAGUUUUGACGAAGCAUCUGAGAGGCAUAACGUAUUACGGAUAAAGUUUUUGGGCGAUUGCUAUUAUUGUGUCAGCGGUGUGCCCACGCCAAACUCGCAACACGCCAAAAACUGCGUCGAUUUAGGCCUCGAUAUGAUAAGGAUUAUCAAAGAAGUAAGAACCAGGGUUCGUCGAGAGAGCGGUGUAGAUGUUAACAUGAGAAUCGGUGUUCACUCGGGGAAUAUAAUAUCCGGAAUUUUAGGCGCGAACAAGUGGCAAUACGAUGUAUGGUCGCGAGACGUUGUGAUAGCGAAUAAGAUGGAACAAACCGGUAAACCUGGAAAGGUUCAUGUUACUCAACAAACAUUGGAUCUCAUUAAUGCCACCGAAUACGACUGCGUACCAGUUGAAGUAUUGAACGAUGAAGUUCUUAAUAAAUAUGGCAUUCGCAGUUACUUAAUUACACCGGUUCCGCCAGAUACAUUGUUAAUGCAGAACAGCGAGAACACCUUGACGGUAAUUACACCGGAUACUUCGGCACCAGGCUAUAAGCAUUACGUCAAGUUCUUGACUAGUGCACGACCAAGUGUAUCGUCAAGUGCACGGAGACGAUUGACCUCACCGACUAGUGAUCACGCAGAUGUAUUUGCCGGUAGUUACAGGCGCAGAACUCACUUCAUGGAUUCCUGUUUGAGGGACUAUCAUCUUAUGCUUAAAGCUGCAGAUGCGGAAAUGGAAAAUGCAAUUAAGCAGAUGCCGCUUAGCAAAUGGCACAAACGUGUUUCCAGGCAAUGGACCAGAUGGGAACAUAUCAAUCCUAUUUUCCUCACGUACAAACAAUGGAAUUGGGAGAUACCGUUUCUGCGCGAGCCAGAUCCCCUUUUUAAAUUUUUUGUUGCAUGCGCUGUAUUCGUACUUUUCUUCAUGGGCCUUAUAUCACUUGUAACAGCGAUCACGCUAUCAGAGUGGCAUACCGGGACGGCCAUCGGUUAUACGAUAAGCAUGUUGUUUCUACUAACGCUAAUGCCUCUUACCUGGAUGCACUUCGCAUGGAAUCGUUAUAAAGAUCCACACGAUGAGGGAAACGUACCGAAUCCUCGUAACAAAUUGAUAUGCUUCCUGUAUCAAACGAGCGUCAAGAUUGUUUGGAGCGCAUUGCUCAGGAUAAUUCUCUAUCUUGUAAUGACCAUAAUGUUAGCGACGUGUGCUAUGUUUGAUAUGAUUUUCGAAUGUCAAAACGUGGACAAAUUGGCGGGCGAUAACGUAACGUCUAGUAUAGCACAAGUGGGGGCAGCUAAACUUGAGUGUAUUUCUACACCCUGGGUAAGAUUGUUUAGUAGUGUUAUAAAUGUUAUCAUUGCUUCAGCAAAUGACGGAAACCUGCUCUUUGGCGAUUCUUACGAGUUUCCUCUUCUUAAGAGUGCAUUACUUUCUAAAGUUACUGAUAGGUAUUGUAAUGGUAAUAUUUUAUGCAUGGAACGUUUGGAUAUAUCGCAGCAAUAUAUUCCAGGCGAAACAUGGAAUCCAUAUUUGGAACCAAGAGUGGCACACAUUUUAAGCGUUGUCUUUCUCACAUUCUCGCUUCAUCUUAUUGAUCGUCAGGCAGAAUACUUGAGCAGAUUAGACUAUCAAUGGAAACGACAAUUGACGCUGGAGCAGGACGAAGCUUUUCACACGAGAAAUGCUAAUAAAUUAUUACUCCGUAAUAUUUUACCAGAACACGUUGCGGAAUUUUACUUAAAUAUGGAUAGAACGGAAGGAAAUGAACCGUAUCAUCGUGCACAUCAUAAUGUCGCCGUUAUGUUUGCGUCCUUAACGGAUCUAUCGAUCGACGAAAGCAAUAUUCUUAUAGACCUGAACGAUAUCAUAUGCAAAUUCGAUAAGUUGUUAUUUGAGCCGUACUACGUUUGUCGUAUUGAAAAAAUAAAAAUAGCAGGAACAACAUACAUGGCAGCUUGCGGCCUUGAAUCUAAUCGUCGCGAUUCUAUGCAUAGCUUAGAAAGUGACGAAAAUUCUAGUGACAACGUGGUUAAAGUUAUGGCCGAAUUCGCAGCACAGAUGAUGGUAGUCCUAGAUAGAAUAAAUUCCGAAUCUGUUUCGUCCAAACCAUACAGAUUGAGAAUUGGCAUAUCGCAUGGUGAGGUUUCAGCUGGUGUUGUUGGAGCACAUAAACCUCUUUAUGAUAUUUGGGGAGACGCCGUUAAUAUGGCAUCAAGAAUGGAUACUACAGGAUUGCCAGGCAAAAUACAGGUAACAGCUGAAACUGCUAAUGUAUUGGAACAACAAGGUGUUAAAUGUCACUUACGUGGUGAAACGUGGGUUAAACCAAAAGGAUACGUUACGACAUAUUUCGUAGGUAUUGACGAAAGGAAACAACUUCAGAGAACAGAUUCCAUAGAAGAAACUAGUCUCUAACCUAUAAUUUAAAUGAAAUUAUUUGAUAGAAUUGAUUUUAAAAGUGAUUUAAAUAUUCACUUAAAAUAAUUUGGAUACUUGAAGAAUGAAAUAUCAAAACGCACAAAAGAAUCAUAACGUACAGUGGGACAAACACCAAAGACAGCUCAGGAAGAAUGAAAGAUAGCAUAAAUAAUUAAGGAAUAGAGAAAUUGCUAUAGUAUUAUGUCCAAUUUACGAAUACAACAAAUAUGAUUGUUCAGUUUAUCUCAUUCUUUAAGUGGAGUUUACAUUCACACGCUUAUAGCUAUCAAAAUGUUUAAACAAAUCCUAACCUAAAUGAUUUAACCUGUCAUUUGUGUUUUUCUUCAUAUUUAUAUACAAUAUUUUCUAUAGUUAUUUGGCCUUCCAAAAGAUCAUAUAUAUAUAUAUAUAUAUAUAUAUAUAUAUAUAUAUAUAUAUAUAUAUAUAUAUAUAUAUAUAUACAUAUUAUAAAAAUAAGUAACUAAUAAUUAACAAAAUGUAUAUUAAGAGAAUCAUCUCUUAAUUUACAAAUGGUAUUUUGAUGCUAAUUAUUUUUCUAAUCGUUAGCGUGGUACAUUACUCUAUCAUUGACGUGAUUUGAAAAAUAAUUGGAAGAAAAUGAUUUAUCUAUUAUAUUAUUUAGAAAUAAGAUACUAUGUAGUUGUUGAAGUAUAAAAAUCAAUGAAUCAGUGGAAAAUAAUCAUUGGCAAAGAUGUUGAAUGUGUACAAGCAUGUAACAAUGAUGCAAGCUCACUCACAUAAAUUAUUUUUUAAUUAAUACUGUUCAAUAACAGUAUAUUUUUAAAUUAUAUACACA